AUGCUGAACGUCUCCUCACACAAACAUUUCAUCCUGGACGGCUUCAGUGAACUGGGAGCGCUGAGGCCCGUCCUCUUCGUCCCGUUCUUCUCCAUGUUUGUUGUGUCGCUGUCAGCCAACUCCCUGCUGCUGUACAUCGUCAUUUCUCAGAGAAGCCUCCACUCACCGAUGUGCAUCCUCAUCGCUGGAUUGUCGUGCGUGGACCUGAGUCUCCCACUGUUUGUCGUCCCCAACAUGCUGCUGAGCUUCCUGUUUGACUGGAGAGGAAUCUCUCUGAUUGGGUGCCUGGUUCAGAUGUUUUUCAUUCACUUUGUUGCAUCUUUUCAGUCCACUCUGCUGCUGUGGAUGGCGCUGGACCGAUACUUUGCCAUCUGCACGCCACUUUACUACCAUGAGCGCAUGGCGUUACCGAGAUUCCUCAAAUUUAUCAUCCCGCUUGUGAUCAGAAAUAUUCUCCUGAUCACAGUGUUUGUGAGUUUGGCGGGAAAGUUGACGUUCUGUGCUGAAAAUGUGAUGAACCACUGUUUCUGUGAGCACAUGGCGUUAGUGGAGCUGGCCUGUGGAAGCACCGCCAUCAACAACCUGGCUGGGUUACUGACUAUAUUCCUCAACCCUGUGGCCGACUUCAUCAUCAUUGCUGCCUCUUACAUCAUCAUAUUCAGCUCCGUGUUGACUUCUGGCAAGUCGGGUGUCAAAGCACUUCACACCUGCGUCACACACAUCGUGGUCAUCACUGUAAGUCUGUCCAUCGCACUUAUUGCUUUCCUGUCAUAUCGGAUCAGAAACGGUCUUCCUGCCGCCGUUCGGGUUUUCAUCAGCACCAUGUACCUGCUGUUCCCGAGCUGUUUCAACCCGAUCAUAUACGGCAUCAGAACUACAGAGAUCAGACGGCACAUCCUCAUCACACGGAAAUGCUCUCAAUUGGUCCCAACUGUUCCCCAUUCUUAGGGAACAGCUAAAAAUCUUGAAGGUUAAUAUGGAAGCUUGUUUUCAUGAUGUGUCCAA